CCCAUCCCCAGUCCUCAUCAAUUUAUUUACAGGCAGAUCAACCUGUCCUGUCGAGAACUGCUGACACAGGGAAUUUUGUGGAAGAAACUCCUUAUCACUCAACCAUGGCGCCUGCUUUGGGAUCCCAUAAAUUAAGCACGGAUGAUGUGAAUGACAUGUUACACUUUCGGAUGAUUAACGAGCAACAAGUGGAGGGCAUCAGCAUUAACUUUUUCUACAAGCCUCACACUCUCACGCUUUUGACGUUCACUGUGGCUAGCUUGAUGUACUUCGUCUUUUCCAGGGAUGAUGCAGAUGUUGACAACAACCUUCGAGUGGGUUUCCUGUUGGUUGUCUCCUUCUUCCUCGUCAUCAGUGUCCUGGCCUUCCCCAAUGGUCCAUUCACAAGACCACAUCCUGCAAUUUGGCGCAUGGUAUUUGGUCUGAGUGUUCUGUACUUCCUGUUCCUGGUCUUCCUCAUCUUCCUGAACUGGGCCCAGGUGAAGAGGCUCAUGUACUGGGUGGACCCCAAUCUACGCUACGCUACCCGUGAGACUGAUGUCAUGGAAUAUGCAGUGAACUGUCACGUGAUCACCUGGGAGCGGAUCCUGAGCCACUUUGACAUCUUUGCGUUUGGGCAUUUCGGGGGCUGGGCCAUGAAGGCAAUGCUCAUCCGCAGCUACGCCCUCUGCUGGACCAUCAGCAUCACCUGGGAGCUCACUGAGCUGUUCUUCAUGCACCUGCUGCCUAACUUUGCUGAGUGCUGGUGGGACCAGUUGAUCCUGGACAUCCUCCUGUGUAAUGGAGGGGGCAUCUGGUUGGGCAUGACUGUGUGUCGCUUCCUGGAGAUGCGGACCUACCAAUGGGCCAGCAUCAAAGACAUCCACACGACCACAGGGAAGCUGAAGCGGGUUGUGCUCCAGUUCACCCCAGCAAGCUGGACCUACGUACGAUGGUUAGACCCCAAGUCCUCCUUCCAGAGGGUGGCAGGGAUCUACGUCUUUAUGAUUCUCUGGCAGCUGACUGAGUUGAACACGUUCUUCCUGAAGCACAUCUUCGUGUUCCAGGCAUCUCACGCUCUCAGCUGGUGCCGGAUUCUCCUUCUUGGAAUCAUCACAGCCCCUACUGUACGACAGUAUUAUGCAUAUCUGACAGACACACAGUGCAAACGAGUGGGAACACAAUGCUGGAUGUUUGGGGCCAUAGCCUUCCUGGAGGCCCUGGCGUGUGUCAAGUUUGGACAGGACGUGUUCUCUAAAACACAAGCUCGGUCUGUGUUCCAGUGGCUUCUGUGUGUGGCUUUCAUCACACUUCUCUGUCUGUAUGGGAUGGUGCGGUAUGAGCAGAAGUAUGAGCCUGAGUUAAAGAGUGUCUCUGAGAGUGAUGAUGGCAACCUAAUAGAGUCAUGUGAUUACAGCCCUGAUGACAUUACAGGUGAGAGAGACUCUCGGAAUAACUCAGCCAGCCCAUCUAAACAAGGGAGAGGCUCUGCGAGAACCAAAGCUGUCAAUGGACACGAAGAUUAAAAGCAAUGAGAGCCAAUGAAGGGACUAACGGUACAUCCCUACUGCACCCAACAACUCUGUGGGGAGAUGGAAGGAAGAGAAUUUGGGUAAGGAGUUUCAAGAGGUGGCGAUAUUACAUUGGUUGAAAGGUGGUUAAAGAACAUUGAUGAGAUAAAUGAAGCAUAAACUGAAUGGAAAAGGCUGAGCAGAGAGCUUUACUACAUUUACAUGAGUAAUUUAGCAGACGCUCUUACCCAGAGCAACCCCCCACUUCACUGUGUUUGUGAGAUCAACAACCAAUCAACAAAAGUUGAAUUUCCCACUUGAUGAGGAGGCACCAACUGUUGAGUUUACAAUCUUCACAGAAUUGACUGAACACCAAGGUGUACUGAAUGCAUUUUUACUCUUCCCCCUCUUGUUCAAAUGAUGACCAUAAAUAUUACAGGAUGGAUUUUAUUUAACUUACAAUGAAAAUCUAAAUUAUGUGAAGCUAAAGCCUGAAUGUUUUAGAUGCCUGGUUUCCCUUUUCCGUAUUCAGAGUUUAUUAUUGCUAAUUAUUUUAACUCAUUCAGUUCAAGCUAUAUAUAUUGAAAGUCAGAGUUCACAUUUUUCUAUGAGAAUUUCAAAGAUAAUUUAAAUACAUUUUACAACUGACUAGUAUUGAAAUGGAAUUGGUCUCAACCCUGUUUGGACAGAUCUGUUUUUAAGAUAAUUCCAGGCCUUAAAUGUUUAAAAUGUUGAUUAUGUCAUGACGACUCACUUUGUUUAAGUGAGUGUGUGAAAGGUAAUAUGAUUAACCAUUGUUUUUAUACAAGCAUUAAGAGUGCAUUUGUUUUGUAUGAAUUAUGUGAACUGCAUACUGUUACAAGAUCAUUUAUAUGAAUAUAGCUUUCUAAUAAAUAUUUAAAACAGGACAAAGAAUUGUUUUUGUUUUGUGGUCUUCUGUGUACAAACAAUUUCUACCAGUAGGUGGCAGCAGAGAAUCAUUCUUACCAAAAAAAAUGUAAUCUCAUUGUUGUCAGUGGAUUUAUUACUGGAGUGUUUGAAAAAAAGAUAUUCCCAUCAAUUUCCCAUGCUUUGUGGAUUGAACAAAUUACACUAUGAUAAAAGAAUGCAUGCAUA